GUGAAGUUAAACUGCGUAAAAGAGGGAAUAAAUAUCUUAAUUUCGGAUUAAAAAUGAAUUUCAAAACAGUAUGUUUCUUAAUAACAUAUUUGAUGAGCAUCUGUUCUCAGUCUUUGUAUGACACUAAUUACCAGCAGCACAGCGUUUUGAAUAGAGGACAUAGUGAAGUUGUUUUUCAAUCAUUACUUGAUGAAACCGAGAACAUCUUAAAAGAGACAAUGUCGAAAAUGCAAGGAUGUUUUGACGUGGAAGAAAAAUGUUCAGUUGCUUAUGAGGGUUUGUUGAAGAUGUAUAGUAAAGGACAAUUUCCAAAUGAUACAACAAUAGAUGAAAUAUGUACUCGAUACCCAGAUUUAAUAAUCAAAAGUCCAGAGGAUUGUCACAGAUAUUACAACUGUUCUGGAGAUGAUCCUGUACUUAGCAGCACGAUUCCCGUGUACAACUUGUGGCCCUCUAAGUAUAAACACGAAUGUCAUUAUCCAUUUAUGUUUUCUGACGAAACUCUUCAGUGUGAAAAUUAUACUGAUACAAACUGUGGGACAAGAUAUUCACCUACGUGGGAAUGUCGAUACUAUAGGUUGCAAUGCAAACGCUCACAUUGCGUCCCCUGUGAAGUAAGGUAUCCUAAAUGCGAGGACAAAGAUGAUGGUUUAUGGUUACAACCUGAGAGGGGAUUUUCCCCCAACUACAUCAUUUGCAAGGACAACAGAACAAUAGGAACAGGAUACUGCCCAAAAGACAAUGUAUGGAACGUGCAAUCAUUUCCUUAUAUGGGACAAUGUGUACAUCUUUUUGCUAUUCCGAAUGAGUACAAUUCAAACGGCUACCUCCCAUCAUGCAACGGUAAAGCGGAUGGAAACUACCAAUACCAAGAGCGAUGUGAUGCUUACUAUCGAUGUGACAAUGGAAUUGCUUCUGCAGUAAAAUGUCCCAAUGUCACGGUGUUUGAUUCUGCUAAAAGAGUAUGUGAAGUAUAUGGAAAAUGCCUUAAUAUCAAUUGAAGAAUAAGAAAUACUCUAAGAGUAGCUUAUUUAUUAAGAUCUGGAUGGACUUGGAUAUUUUAAACUGUAUUAAUUUCAUUGAAAUGAUAUUAAGAUCUGUGUCAAAAGUACAUGAAAUUUCAAGUAUUAAACCGUUGAAGUUAAAAUAUAUAAGAUUUUUAUUUCUUAAUAGUUUUUGAUAGUUUAUUGCAAAACUUCAUAUAUACGAAUUUAAAUAGAAUUGAUAUGCAAUUUAUUGACCUACCUGUCUACUUAAAUUUGCAAUAAUUUCUUAAAACUUUGAAAGGCAAUGUUAAUGUGUCAUUUCUAAGUCGUUUAUUUUGAUUUAUAAUUCAAGAUAUGAAAAUAUGUAACGUAAAUUAAUAAUAAGAAAAUUUGCCACAUGCUACAUUGCAUUCCAUGUUAACUAUUGACAUUUCUUACUUGAAAUGAAAUCACCAUAUAUUGGAUAGAAUAUGAUUGAAAGAAAAAAUUUCUGACAAGAUGAAAAACAUACUAGUACUUGUUGUACAUUUGAUACUAGUAUUUUUAAACAUGACUCAACAAACAAAAGAAUAUCUUUUUAAAAAAUUAAGAUACUAAACGUCGAAAUAAAAACCUAUUAGAAUUAUUGAAAUUUUGGAAUUAUUGAUUUCCUUCAGAGGGUUGGAUGGUUGCUUCAAAUAUAGAAAGCUGUUACAGAAAGGAGAGUUCCCUAUAGAAUGUAGUAAUAUUCAAAUUUUAAGCAUUCUUAUUUAUUUUUUGUGUGUAAUGUAAUUAUGAUAUUCUACUCGUCUUCUUCAUCCAUGAUUGAUUGUUUUAGGAUACUAACAUGUGGAUUUAAUAAGUACAUUUGUAUUUAGAUUUCAAUGAUCGGGAUUUUUUUUUAAUGCGAACUGGUGUUUCUCUACCAGUUACAUCAUGAA